CGAUGGAGCAUUGCUGCCUUUUACACUGACUCGCCAUUUUCUGUCGUUCUUCUCCGGCGGCGGGCACGCGCACGCCGAGAGGAAGCAGUGAACUCGUGGACGCGCCCGUCGUGCUGGAGUCAACUAGGAUAGCCUCCAGCACGCCUGUGAACCUAUUGAGGAUAAGCGCUACGGAAAAUGGCUCGAUUUCAAGUUACACAUAACAUGGCCUAACAAGGCUGUGUUUACGCUGACUGACAGAAGUGGAAAAGUACUUACACUCUGUACUCAAGUGGAAAUACACUUACGAUAGCGGAGGGCGACAUGACUCUGACCAGAGGCUCCUUCACCUACGCCACUGGAGAGGAGUACCAUGGCGAGUGGAAAGAAGGUCGGCGGCAUGGUGUCGGCCAGCUGAAGUUCCAGGAUGGAACCUGUUUCUCAGGGCAGUUUGAAGAUGGACUCUUCCAUGGGGCUGGAGUUUUGCUUUUCACAGAUGGGUCCAGGUACGAAGGGGAGUUCGCACAUGGAAAGUUUCAGGGUCUGGGAAUCUUCAGUCGUUUUGACGGCAUGAAGUUUGAGGGAGAAUUCAGAGACGGACGUGUGGAGGGAUACGGACUACUGACGUUCCCGCAUGGAAUGCACGGAAUUCCACGGAACGAGGGUUUGUUCCAAAACCACAAACUCCAAAGGCGAGAGAAAUGUCCCGGCGUGGUGCAAAGGGCGCAGGCGUCGGCCACCAAUGCUCGCAGUGUUGCGCUCUGACUUUCAGUAACCUCAACAUCCAUGUGAUGGUUUUUGCUUGUUCUAGGAGUGCCUCAGGGAGGUGUACUCCACCCCCUCAUGCUCCUUCCCCUUCAUGUCAUCGUCAUUUCUUUUCAGAAUCAGAAUUUGACAAGUAUGUCAAAAACAGGAAUUUGUCUCCAGUAGUGUGAGACUUUCUAGUAUGAGAGUAGACAGCCAUUUUGACGAUACUUGACAGUUCCUUUGAGGCAUAAAAACAGUACCGAGAGCCACUCAUCCUCCAGCAUUUUAAUGCCACGAGGGAAGAAGCUUUUGGAAUGUCUGGUGGUUUUAGUUUGCGUUGUUUGUAUUGAAGAUUUACAGAAAAACACAAAACCACACUUUUUGCAUCAAGGUUUCUCUACUUAGGUGUCACACAUUCAUAAACAGACGUAGGCGUAAUUAGCAAGUCGAAACCUAAAGGCUGAGAAAGGGAACACGGAGAGUUUAUUUCAGACAAUAGCCUACGACGACUUGCCGACUGACUAUUUGGGCCUCACUGGAACGAACAACAAGGAUAAAGUCGUAGAAAUAGACGAAUAAAGUUAGAAUAUUACUACAGUAAAAGGUGAAAUCUUACCAGAAAAUGGCAGAACAGGGAAAGAGGGAAAGAGAGAGAGAAACAUAACUUAAUGAGAAUAAAGUCAGAAUUUUACUAGAAAGAGAGGUUAUGACAACUUGGAUGUACAGUAGAUUUAGGUCUGUUACACACGAAAAAAUACAUUUUUCAAUAGUAUAUGUUAUAGUAGAAGAAUAGGAAU